AUGACCGACCUGCGGGCCAUGGGACCUUCCGGAGAACUCUUUGGAACCUCGCAAAGACUGCAACACACUCUUGCUCAUCUUACGUUUACUCUGGGUUUAAUUUCAAGGCGUAGUCGUUUCCGUGCUGGCACUAGAUAUAAGCGUCGAGGUGUAGAUGAAGAAGGAAAAUGCGCAAAUUAUGUUGAGACAGAACAAAUUGUAUCAUACCAAAGUCACACAGUUUCAUUUGUUCAAGUACGGGGUUCUGUACCUGUUUAUUGGUCUCAACCAGGAUAUAAAUAUCGUCCUCCUCCUCGUAUUGACAAAGGAGAAGCAGAAAAUCAAAUUGCCUUCAAAAAGCAUUUUCAGGAAGAGUUAAAUAUUUAUGGUCCUGUUACUGUUGUAAAUUUAGUGGAGCAGUGUGGGAAAGAACGUGUUAUAUGGGAUGCAUAUACUGAUCACAUCCUUUUGUACAAUUCACCACAGCUGACAUAUGCUACUUUUGAUUUCCAUGAGUAUUGUCGAGGGAUGCAUUUUGAAAAUGUUUCAAUUCUGGUGGAAAGUUGUGUGGAGACCCUAAGAGAUAUGAGCUACUGUUGGAGAGACAAAGAAGGUUUAAUUUGUAGCCAAAAGGGUGUAUUCAGAGUGAACUGCAUUGAUUGUCUUGAUAGGACAAAUGUAGUGCAGACUGCCUUAGCAAAAGCAGCCAUGGAGAUUCAACUCUACAAACUUGGUUUAAUACCACCCGAAGGCACAAUGCCUCUUACACUGCGGUCAAUGUUCCAGCAACUUUGGGCAAACAAUGGAGACAUCAUAAGUAAACAAUAUGCUGGAACUAAUGCUUUGAAGGGUGACUAUACAAGGACAGGGGAGCGAAAACUGACUGGAAUGAUGAAAGAUGGAAUGAACUCAGCUAACAGAUAUUUUCUUCAGCAUUUUUCUGAUUCUUAUCGACAAGCAGGAAUAGACUUAAUGCUAGGCCAGCCUGUAUCAGUUGAGUCGAUAGACAUGCUGAACAGGCUUGCUGAAGAAUUUCAUGAGGCAGCAUUACUUGAUGCAGCUUUGACCCCCUCUCUUUCCCACGACUUAGCCAAUGCCCCUGAAAUUAGAGGGGCUACAGCAACAUUCCACGUGGCCAGGUACUAUCUCAAUCGUUUUAAAGAUGUGUACAGACAAGCUACAAUUGAUUUCAUGCUUGGAAAUCCAGUGUCUGAAGAAGAGUUUUCAUCAGAGAAGGCUGGUGAAGAAGAAGAGAGUGGAAACACUGCAGAACAUGUGAAACUUUUGAUCGAAGAUUGCAAGAAGAUGCUUAUUAGUGAUUCCAGUAUGGUUCUUGGAGCUUGGGGUCUCAUUGACGCUGAUCCUGUCACGGGAGACCCGACAGAAACAGAAAUGGACACUAUCUUGAUUCUGACCAGAGACUCCUAUUAUGUUGCUGACUAUGAUGAACAGAUGGAUAGAGUCACUAAGUACCAACAAGUGUUACUGAAAGACAUUACGUGGCUGGAGCAGGGAACUGCAGAGUUGAGCACCACUGGUUCUUUGUUUAAACAAUCUUCACGCAGCUUACAUCACUGCAUACGCAUUCAUUAUGCUGUCGAUUGUCAGCCAGGUUAUUUUCAUAUGUUCAGAUCUGCUCACAUUCGCUUUUUUAAUAAUGUAGCUGUCGAAAUUAAGUCACAAGAGGAGAUGGUUGAAUCACUGAAGGCAGUAUUUGAAACGUUUAUUGUGGCACUUGAGAUUGCUGGUGUUUCCUCUGUUCCUACAAGUUCAGGCCGACCCUUAGAGAAAAUGAAAUCUAGAACUGUGGCUGGAGAUCCCAAUCGCAAACCUAGUGGUUUAUUAAGCUCAUACCUAGAUGUUGCAUCUAUUCCUUCUAUGACAAGAAAUGUGUCUGAAACACAACUGACAACUUUGAAAAGUGUUGGGAGUAAGGCACUUUCAAAUAUGACAAGUCAGUUUACCAAACUCAAUCGCCUGGGACAGAAUCUAAACUCUCGUUCUCAAACUUCACGUCAAGAUGGGCAGUUAUCAGACAAACAAGCCAAGGAUUUUAAAUCUGUGGAAAAUGCGCACCACUUACAUGAGCAGCAAGUUAUUUCACCAAAAAUUAGUCCUGUGGAAAAUAAUUCAGGAGCUGAGUUAACUGGAUCUGUUGUACCAGAGCGCGAGCUACAUAAAGAUAAACAUUUGGCCAGCGUUGGUAUUGUCAUGGCUCAUGGAAAGGGUGCAUUACAGUCCUCUCCAGCCAACACCAGUGGUCAUGCUCCUCUGAUUCACGAUGUUUCUCUGACAAGGGUGGUUCAACAAGAUACAUCUGCCACCAAUCACCUGCGUAAAUACCCUCUUAUGCAUUCCCGCACGGAUUUAACUCUAGAUGUGAGCAACCUAGUUCUUACCAAAGUGGAACCUGUUACCAAAGAUGAUGUUCUAAAAAAAGGAACCCCUAAAGAAAACUUGCAAGCACAAGAUACUAAAUUGGUUCCUCCUAGCAGUCUCACACUCCACAAACAUCAUUCUCAUUCAUCUGGUGAGGUAACUGAUAAGCCUCCUGCUGAAUCAGAUUCAGUAACCUCAGUAAUUUCAGGACACGAAAGUGUUGAUAAAUUAUCAACUAACCCUAAUAUCAGUGUGUCCAAGAGUGAAAAUUCAUUGAAAACUAUCAGUGACACACUGACACAAGCAAUUACAAGUCCCAGUGCCUCCACAGCUAAAGAUAUUGUUUUGUCUCCAUUCUCCAAGCUAGCUAAAGGAAUGCAACACUUAGGAGCAAACUUGGAUCCUAGGAAACUGAAGGCUGGUGGGACACCAAAUCUUCUUCCUGCAAUGGUACCUUUAAAAUUACACUCAGAGGAAAACCACAUACUGGCAGAACGAUGGAAGAAUAGCAAUACAAAGCUCAUAGCUCUCUGAAAAUUGCCAAGGAAAGGUGCUCCUUGCUGUCCGACGCUGAGGUCAAAUACAAACCGGAAAUGCUUGCGUCUUCCAGCAAUUUGCUGCUCGCAAGUGGACAUUUUAUGCUCAGCAUAAGUCAUUGUAAAGAACUGUCUAUAAAAAUCAGUCACACGAAACUUGAUCAUUUGAAAUUGAUAUCUAAAUAUACAUAUAGUAUUCCUUGUUUUUCAAUGCAACUGUACUGUAUUUACAUUGCAUUUUAACAACAACACAUUUCCCUAUUACAACUAAGAAUAAAUUCAAAUUCACGUGCUGGUGUGAGGAAAUUCUUUAAUCUCAUUAAGACGAUGUAUUUAGUUUAGGUAUAUAAUCAACUUAUAUAAUUCAAAAUUAUUUUCAAAAAGUGUCUUUAAAGAUAUUCUAGGCAGUUUGACUUCCAAUCGAGAACAGCAGUAACACCUUUCCAUGAAGAGGCUUCAGUUUAAUCCUACCUCAAGAUGCCUCACAGCUACUGUGCUCUGAUGGUUGUUUAAUAUUUAAGUUUCUUAUGGUAGUUUUAGAAUUUUGAUCUAAAGUGGUCAAUUGAUGGUGUGAUCAACAUGAUGUGUAGGACCUCAAACUUUGUGAAUCAAUCAUUACAUUACUACUUUUGGUGUUACCCCAUUUUUAUUUUGGACCUCGGGAGUAUUGUCAAUGUUUGCAAGAUUAUACCUGUGAUUACAAUUUAAGUUUUUAUACCUUUGAGUUUCUGUUUGUGUUGCCAAGUGUUGCUUUCAGGCAACUACCUUUCAAAGAGAGUGCAAUCCUGUAAAACUAUAACUUUUUGUGAUUUUAGUUUUGAGUACGGUAUCACUAUUUCUAAAAUCACAAAGCUUUUUUUAAUUUUUUUUUGUAUUCUCUUUUAUAUUUAAGACAUGUGGUUUUAUGUAAAUUAUUUGUUUUCAAUUUUUAUUAUUACUUUUUUAUCUUAUUGAGGAUGUUUUGAUAUAUGAUCGGAUGUUGAGAGGAUAACCGAACAUGGUUCAUUUGAAACAUCUCCAAUCUUGCUUCAAUAUAAGGUUGCAAUGGGUAAACAUAAACCUUUUAAAGAGUAGUUACGGAUCUAAGCAGGUGAUUUUCAUAGUUUUUAUUGAAUCUGUAAUACCGGUGCUUCUUUUAAACGCCUGAAUUUGAAAAUUUUAAUAGACUUUCUUAUUUCUCAGUCUGGUUGUUUGCACUGUGAUCUCUUGUAGCUCUUAGUUAAAGGCAGGAUGAAAUGCAGAAGAAGAUCAUAAUGUCAUAGUUGCAUAGAUCUUUUAUUGCAAAUGUGUUACCUUAAUUUUAGCCAUUCCACAUCAGGGGUUUUGCAGGGUUGAACACCCACUAGUCUGUUUGUGAUUUGAGAAGGAAUAGUAGUUCCAAAUGAAAGGCAUUAUUGUUGUUUGUGGGAAUUCUGUUUUAGACCAAAGAGUUUCAGUCAAUUACAAAAAAUUUCUUGCACAAGCUUACUAGUUAAAAAUAAGCAAAUUGGAAGGGAAAUGCGUGGCUAUUGAAAUUGCGAUAGAGACAUUUUUUCCACAGUAUUAUUCAAACUAAUUGAAGAUAGUUGUUAAAAACUGAUAUGAGCAAAACAGUCAACUGACGGUUGUCAGUAGUAACCAACUCAACUUGUGAUAUGCUUCUUGGUAGAUUAACGACAUAGUAUAUGUAUUAAAUAAGUGCCUUUAUGUAUGAAAUGUAGGUGAAUUUCUCAGCUUUGCGGAAAAGAGUGUGUCCGUCCGGAUCGAGUCAGAAUUGAGGGGGAUAGAGAAGAGAGAGGGGAAUGCAAUCCGGAUCGAUCCAAACAGUUCAUAUUGGACCGAUUGAUAACUCAGGACAAUCGGACGCACUCAAAGAAGUGAAUAUACAUUAACAGUUAUGGUCAACUUCCUAGGUGGCAGUAGUGCACAGCGUUGAUUGUAAUCAUAGGCAGUUCACAUGGACUUUUACUUUUCUUAUUUUUACUUCAAUGUUUGGAAAUCCUUAACCUCCUUUAUUUAAGUUCAAAAGUUUUCUUGUUUCUUAUAUGAUUUUUGUUAUGCUAGUUUUGGUUUGGAGAAGUGUAGUGUUCUAGGAAAAAUAUGCACUGCUUAUAAGUACUGACUCUGAACCUUUGAUUUUUCUUUGGGGCCAUUAAUUCAUCAUAUUUAUUGCUGUGUAAGAUAAUUUUCUUCUAUAUCAGUAUCGAAGAUUCCCCUUUACCUCAAAUUAUGUUAAUAUUUAAAUUGGGCCACUAUUUAUUUUUGUUGUUUUAAAAAAGAUGAACACAAGUCAAUUAUAAUGGUGAGAACAAGCUCUCAUCAAAUUACAUAUACAUAUAUUACUAUUACUGACUAUUGAACUGACAAGGCAACGGCUCCCAUCUAUGUUGUGAACUGUUGAUGCUGUUGCUCAACAAAGCAAAUAAUUCUGAUUUUCUUUAGCUUUGUUAGAUAUGCAACCUUGUUCUUUUAACUACAUCUUGAGUGAUGAGCUCAUUUUAUAAAACUGUGUCAGUGCUUGAUUUUAUAACAAUGUAUCAGUGCUUAAUAUGCCGGUGUAUGUUAAACUUAUUCUUUGGGUGAGUUUUGUGCUGUUUGCCUCCCUUUUCAAUACACACCUGGUUUUAGUAAACUAGCAGUGAUCACAAGAUUUUUUUAGUAUCACAAACUUCUUGACCUGUACUAUUGUGCCUGGAUAAACUUUGCACAAAGACUGUGAAAGCAAUAAUUUAGAGUAGAGAAUUUGCUGUGGCCAUAAAUAAAUAAAAUUUGUUAGUCCUUACCAGUUUUGCAAGGUAUUGCCUCAUCUAUUCCAGAAGAAUUGUAUUAUUAGCUAUCCUAGUAAAAUAAAUAUUUUAUUAAUUGAAA